AUGCAGGGAGAAGAUUACGGAUACGACUAUGACUUUUUGUUUAAGAUCGUGCUAAUUGGAGAUUCUGGAGUUGGUAAAUCCAAUUUGCUAUCGCGAUUCACAGCUAAUGAAUUUAACCUUGAUUCAAAGACUACUAUCGGUGUAGAGUUUGCUACAAGGACCAUUGAAGUGGAAGGUAAAAAGAUAAAGGCCCAAAUUUGGGAUACUGCUGGCCAAGAACGUUACCGCGCAAUCACCACAGCAUACUACAGGGCGGCAGUUGGCGCUUUAAUAGUUUAUGAUAUCACUAAAUCAAGUUCCUACGAAAAUUGUAACCACUGGUUGGCUGAAUUGAAACAAAAUGCCGAUGAAAAUGUCGCUGUUGGACUCAUUGGUAAUAAAUCUGAUUUGGAUCAUAAACGUGCGGUUCCAACAGAUGAGGCUAGGAAUUAUGCUCAAGAAAAUCAACUUCUUUUCACGGAAACUAGUGCAUUGAAUGCUGACAAUGUUGACGAAGCGUUCAGAGCAUUGAUUACUGCUAUCUACCAAAUGAUUUCCAAAAAUCAACUAGACUUGAAUGACGCCUCAGGAAACAAUGCCAACGCUCCAAAGGGACCUACGAUCUCUUUGACACCGGCACCAAACGAAAAACACAAAAAGAGUACAAACAACUGCUGUUAG